AUAUUGAUGAGUGUGCAACAGGCACCCACAGCUGUAGUUCAGAUCAAAUAUGUGUCAAUUUAAGAGGAUCGUUCACCUGCCAAUGCCCAGCUGGCUAUCAGAAGCGGGGAGAUCAGUGCGUUGACGUAGAUGAAUGUCUGCUGCCUCCAUUUUGCCACCAUCGGUGUGUGAACACUCCCGGUUCCUACUACUGCCAAUGCAAUGCUGGUUUUCAGUUAGCCGCUGACAACCACACCUGCGUAGAUAUAAAUGAAUGCGAGACCAGCAACCCAUGCGCACAACUGUGUUACAAUGUGGUCGGUUCCUUCCUCUGCCAGUGCAAUCAAGGCUUCGAGUUAAGCCCCGACCGAAUCAACUGUGACGAUAUUGACGAAUGCAGAGCCUCCAGCUUUAUGUGCCAGUACGAAUGUGUCAAUGAACCAGGCCGGUUCUCCUGCAUGUGUCCGGAUGGCUACCAGUUAGUCAGAGGAAGGAAUUGUCAAGACAUAAAUGAAUGUGAAGUGGGCAACGAAUGCCGGGAUGAUGAAAUUUGCUCAAAUUAUCAUGGCGGCUAUCGUUGUUAUCCGAGGAACCCGUGCCAAGAACCUUACGUGCUUGCCUCUGAAAAUCGCUGCAUUUGCUCCGUGUCCAACCCCCUUUGCCGAGACCUGCCCUACUCCAUUGUGCACAAAUACAUGAGCAUCCGCUCGGAAAGGAACGUUCCCUCUGAUAUUUUCCAAAUCCAGGCCACCACCAUUUACCCCAAUACAAUCAACACGUUCCGGAUCAAAUCUGGAAAUGAGAACGGAGACUACUUUCUCAGACAAACAAGUCCAGUGAGCGCCAUGCUUGUAUUGGUAAAGCCGCUAAAAGGACCACGAGAACAUAUCAUUGACCUCGAGCUGCUGACCGUCAACAAUAUGAACUAUCGGUCAAGCUCAGUGCUCAGGUUAACACUGAUUGUAGGACCUCAUCCAUUUUAGUUGCCGCCGUUAAGUAACCUGCACGCCUCCAGAGCAACCAAAGAAAUUUCCUCUUAAAUGAAGCACUUAUGGUUUUAUUUAUAGAUUUUAUGUGGUGUGUUGUUUCUAAAGGAAAAAAAAACAUCAUUAAGGAAAUCAGUAGUUGUAACCACACUGUUAACGCUUUUAAUGUCAAUGUAGUAUAUGUGUUUCACAGUAUAACCUGGGCAUUGCCACUUUCUGUAUAAAGAUGGCAUUUCUUCCUUUUUCUUUUGAUACUUGGAUCAAUUGUCCAUUGGCAGCACAUGACGCACUCUUCUUCUGCUAAAUGUGUGGAGCAAGGUCAGUGAGAUCACGCACUCUGGCCCCAGUUAAGAGCAUGGGUAAUCAGCAGAACAGAGUGCGAACAGAGUGCCAUGCAUGUACAUGCAAAGGCUAACUGCACCCCGAUCAGAGUCCUUGAAUACGUGGGAUUUCCAGUCUUGUGGAACAUAGCAAUUCUAAGAAGAGCCCUGAUGGGUUUUAAAACCAACCUUUGGAGAGGGAAGGGACUCCAAAAGUCUACCCCAGUGCCAGUACAGGAAUGCAUAGCUAAAACAUCCUGACAGGUAGCCCUCCAAGAUCUAAUGAGAUAGGUCCACCACUUUUCAAAGCAGUACGAUCCACUGUCAAAAUCUCCUUUCUUGUAAAUUCGGAUCCCUUGUUUCAGGUCCUGCUCUUGGGAGUAACAAAACAAGUUGGCUCUGUCUUCCAUGUAACAAGCCUUCCGCUUCUCCAGGUUAAGCAUACCCAGAAAACCUCAAGCAUUCCUCACAGGGCUUGGUUUCCAGACUUUUGCCAGCUUUGUUGACCUCAUCUGGACAAGUGCCAGAUGGUUGAUCUUCUUCCUAAACUAUGGUGCCCAGAGAUGAACAUGGCACCCCAGUUGAGAUUUCACUGAGGCUGAAUAGAUACCCUUACUUGCUUUGAUCUGGACGCUGGCUUUCUGUUGAACGCAUCCUACUGUUGCCUAGAACAAGAUUAGAGGCCUCUUUCACCCAGCGUUCUGCUCCCACAGUUGCAAGCUCGAUAUCCCCUGGGAGGUCCACGGGUAAGACAUGAGUGCCAUAACACUCUCCCACUCAUGUUGCCCAGCAGUUGAUAGUUAAGAGUCUAUAGGCAUGAGGACUACUAACCAUUAAUUUAGCUUUCACAAAAUUGCCUUCAAGAAUCUACACCAGCUUCCUCCUGCCCGUCUCCCUCUCGUUUGUUGGACUAGAACUCCCUUCCUUCCUGAAAGUAAUGGGAGUUAUAACGCAACACAUCUAGAGUGCACCAGGAUGAGCUAUGAGGCUCUGUUCACAUUCUUCUACAGAUCAAGAUUGGUCACAGGCCAUAGAGUACCUCUUAGUCACUUCCCACCCAACCAGACUCUUCUAUGUAUUCAAUGACGGUAGUUUGAAGAUGGGAAUAUGGCUCAUGUUAUUUCAUGAAGUGUGGGCCUCUUCCUAGAGUACCUGAAAAGCCUCUUCCAUUUUCCUUCCCCAAAAUAGUUUCAAGACCAAAUACUUUAACAUUGGAGCAAUCCCACAUGAGUGUGCAUACGUGUGUGCACGUUUUAAUAGAAUACCACUUUUAUCCGAUUAUUUGGGGGUGGUGUGGGGGACAAGUU